UGCUCGCUAACAACACUUGCCCCAAACAGUCUGUGUGGCUACACUCUCGGGUCGGAUACGCGAACGGCACUUGACUCUCUCCAGGUGACUUUCUCAAUUGAGUGACGGAUUAUAUCCUCGUUCGUGCACGUGAGUUCUCGUCCGGUUAAACAAAUAUGAAAUAAAUACAUCAAUCACUGAGGCUAACGCGGAAACAGUUUUGUCUUCUUUGUGGGCGUGAGGAGGGCGAGGUGAGGGUGAGGUGAGGGCGAGGUGAGGGUGAGGUGAGGGUGAGAGGUGACACACAUCGACCGCUCACCAUGGCGUCCGAGUUCGAGACCGGGCGAAUUCGCACGCUGCAGGAGGAGCGGAUGCGCGUGCAGAAGACGACGUUCACACGGUGGAUGAACGUGUUCCUGCAGCGGGUAAUACACGGGGUGGACAACACACGGGGUGGACAACACACGGGGUGGACUCACGGGAAACACGGGAUGGAUUCACAGGAAACACGGGAUGGACUCACGGGAAACACGGGAUGGAUUCACGGGAAACGCGGGAUGGAUUCACGGGAAACACAGAGUGGUCUCACAUGGUGGACUCACUGGGUUGACUCACUGGCGUCCUCUGUGCGAUGGGAUCCUACGCGGUCAUACCCCCUGCGCGGUGGACUCGCCCAGGUGGAUGUCACGGUGGAGGACGUGUACACGGAGCUGCAGGACGGCCUGGUACUCAUGAAGCUACUAGAGAUUCUGUCCGGGGAGACCCUGCCCAAGCCGAGCCGCGGCCGCAUGCGCCUCCACUACGUGGAGAACAACAACCACGCUCUCAACUUCCUGCGACAAAAGAAAGUGAACGUGGACUUGAUUGGCGGGGAGAACGUGGUGGAUGGAGACCGGACCCUCAUCCUGGGCCUCAUCUGGAUCAUCAUCCUGCGCUUCCAGAUCUCCGGCAUCCUGGAGGAUGUGGGUCCCGGCUCCGAGGAGCGCCGCUCCGCCAAGGACGCGCUGCUGCUGUGGUGCCAGCGCAAGACGGCCGGCUACCGCGACUGCGAGAUCAAGAACUUCACGAGCAGCUGGCGCGACGGCCUCGGCUUCAACGCGCUCAUCCACGCGCACAGGCCGGAUCUGCUGGACUACGACCGCCUGCGCCAGCGCGACCACUUGAAGAACCUGCGCCAGGCGUUCGGGAUCGCGGAUGGCGACCUGGGCAUCGCGCGGCUCCUUGAGGCGGAGGACGUGGACGUGCCCCAUCCCGACGAGAAGUCCAUCAUGACCUACGUGUCGCUCUACUACCACUACUUCUCCCGCAUACACAAGGAGCAGACGGGUGGCAAGCGCAUAGCCAAGAUCGUGGGCCUGCUGACGGAGGCGGAGGAGCUGAAGACGCAGUACGAGACCAUGGUGACGACGCUGCUCCAGUGGAUCGAGUGCAAGAUCUCGGAGCUCAACGACCGGCGCUUCCCCAACUCGCGCAACGGCAUGCAGGCGCUGCUGUCGGCGUUCGCGUGCUACCGCACCGAGGAGAAGCCGCCCAAGUACCAGGAGCGCGGGCUGCUGGAGGCUCACCUCUUCGCCGUGCGCACCAAACUACGCGCCAACAACCAGCGCGACUACGUGCCGCCCGAGGGCCGCACGCUCCGUGACAUCGAGCGCCGCUGGGGCGAGCUGGAGCGCGCCGAGUACGCGCGCGAGAAGGCCCUGCGCGCCGAGCUCAACCGCCAGGAGAUGCUCGAGCGGCUGGGCCAGCGGUUCCAGCGCAAAGCAGCGCUGCGCGAGGCCUACGUGGCCGAGAUGGGCCGCGUCGUCGCUGCGCAGGAGGCGCAGCCCGACAAGCUGGCCGCCCUCGAGGCGGCGCAGCGGCGCCUCGAGGCCGUGAGCACGGACGUGACCGCGGGGCGCAACCGCCUCGACGCCCUGGUCGGCAUGGCCGACAUCCUGACGAAGGAGAAAUUCCACGACAUGGCCAACGUGGCCAAGAGGUGCGCUUGCUGCUGCUGCUGGUGGUGGUGCCCGUCCUGGCGCGUUCCGCCGCGCGGUUACGGUGAAGCGGCCUGUGGAGUUGCCGUCGUUCGGAUGACGCUUCAGUCCUCCCGAGCGGUUUUAGCAAAGGUGGACAACAGAUUGUUUGGUGGUGGAAUGUGUCGUCUUAACGCGACCGUUUUUAAGCGAUACGCAACUUCUUUGAAUCCAGACGACUCCUCGACGUGGGUUGCAAUUAUACAACUCUCAAAAGUGGGCACUACACGGAUUUUGGUUCCUUCCUGUCACAACGGGAAGAGCACCAUCGUGGAUCGCUGGUCCGCGCUGCAGAAGCAGAUUGCGCGCAACCAGGAGGUGCUGUCCCGCAUGGCGCAGGCACUUCGCCUGCUGCGGGACGUCGAGUCGCUGGAAACGGAGCUGCGCGAGCUUCAGGCCAAGGUGAGCUCGGAGGACGUGGGGCGGCAUCUCGAGGCCACGCAGGCGCUGCUGCAGAGGCACGCGCUGUCGGAAGCGCAGGUUGCCACGUGCGCCGAGGCCAUGGGCCUCCUGGACGGCCGUGCCAAGGAGCUGUCGCGGAGCCCCAACGCGCAGACCCUCGUGGCCAAGAUGCGCACGCUGCACCAGGCCUUCGACAAGCUCCGCAGCACCAGCCAGGCCAGGCGUGCGCGGCUGGAGGAGGCGCAGGCCGUGUGGCUCUUCCUGCGCGACUGCGAGGAGGAGGAGCUGUGGGUGCAGGAGCGAGCGCAGCGCCUGCGCGCGGCGCCACUCGGCCGAGACCGGGCGCAGACUGAGAGCCUCGCUCACAAGCACAAGGCGCUGGAGGCCGAAUGCCGCUCGCACGAGACGGCGUGGCGCGCGGCGGCGCGGCGCGGCGAGGAGGUGUGCGGCGGGAAGCGCGGCGGGGCGCGGGGCCCGCGGGAGGACGUGGCGCGCGCCCUCGGCGCCGUGCAGGAGUCGUGGCGCCGCCUGCACGAGCUGCUGGCGCUGCGCUCGGCCCUGCUUCAGCAAGCGGCGCUUCUGCAGCUGGUGCGUGUGAGACCCUAUCCCGGUCUCUCGAGCCGUCGCCUCGUUAAACGAAGCGAACCCGAGGGUGAGCCACGACCCGUGCCGGCGGUGCCUAGCCGUGUGCCCGCGCGUGCGUGUCAGUUCUACGAGGAGGUGGACGAGAUGGAGUCGUGGCUGAGAGAGAAGCUGCCGCUGCUGAGCAGCGAGGACGUGGGGCGCGACGACUCCGGCGCCGAGGCGCUGCUCAAGCGGCACCAGCGCCUGGAGCGCGACAUCGAGCAGCGUGGAGGCGACGUGCGCAAGCUCGCCGAGCAGGCGCGCGCCCUCGUGCAGGCGGGCGAGCAGGGGAGCGCGGGGCCACGCAGGAGGGAGAGCGAGGAGAAGGUGGAGCACGUGGAGCUCCCGCACGUGAAGAUGCGCUACAAGUUUGAGGGUCGUGACAUCAGCGUGGCGCAGGGCGAGGAGGUGGUGCUGCUCAAGAAGAGCAGCAUGGAGUGGUGGCACGUGCGCACGCGUGCCGGCCAGAGGGGCCACGUGCCGGCGUCGUACGCCCAGGAGAUAGGGGCCAAGCCGGUCCCGCAGGUGGUACGCAAGACCGAGGUCCUCACGGCUUCCUCCGCACAGCGGCUGGGCUCGGCCCAGAGCCGAACCCAGGCCCAGCCGAGUCCGAAGUCGGCGGGAGCAGAGCUGGAGGAUGUGGCGCGGCGCCAGCGCUCGCUGCAGGCCACCUACGACCGCGUGUGCCAGCUGGCCGAGGCUCGCAAGAAGGCGCUGCACGAGGCGCUGCUCAUGUUCCGCUUCUUCUCCGAGUGCAACGAGCUGGAGUCGUGGAUAUCCGACCGCGAGAACGUCCUGGAGAGCAGCCUCCAGUCGCAGAACCUGGAGCGCCUACGCCGGCAGUUCGAGAAUCUCCUGACGGAGCUGUCGGCCGGGCGAGGCAGGCUGGACGCCAUGAACCGCACGGCGGAGGAUCUCCUGCGCCAGGGCCACGGGCAGCGCGCGCGCAUCCGCGCCCGGCAGGACGACAUCAACGCUCGGUGGCGGCGCCUGGAGUCGCUGCGCAUGGACCGUGAGCGCCGUCUCACCGAGGCCGGCAACGUGGCCGCGUUCCUGGACGCGUUCGCCGAGCUGUGGGAGCUUCUGCAGGAGAAGCUGGCGGCGGCGAGCAACCCCGAGGUGGGCGCCACCCUGAGCGCCGUCCAGGCCGCCCUGCGGCAGCACGAGGCCCUGCAGCGUGACAUCGGGGCGCUCGGCGCCAACGUCGACUUCCUCAAGAAAAUGGGACAAGCGGCCGCGAGCAACGAGCCGGCCGAGCGGGACGUGGUGAUGAAGAAGCAACGCGAGGUGGACGGCCUGUACGCGCGGGUGCAGCGCGAGGCCGAGGCUCGACGCCAGCGCCUGCUCGACGCCCUGAGGAAGCUGGGCCUGCUGGACGAGGGGCGGGCGCUGAAGGAGCUGACCGACCGCCUUCGGGACCGCGUGGCUGGUGGCGGCGAGGCGGUGCCCGGGGACCUGGCCACGGCGCAGGAGAUGCUGGACAAGCACCAACACCUCCGGGGAGACAUCGACGCGCUCCGCGACAGGAUCGCGGCGCUGGAGAAGGAAGGCUUGGAAAUGCAGAAGCGGGGCGACCCGGGCGCGGCCGACGUGCUGCGCCUGGCGGAGCAACUGCGCGGGACGUUGGCGGAGUUGGAGGCGCAGUGGAACGAGCGCGACCGGCAGCUGCGCGGCAUCGUUGCCCUACAGCGAUUCAACAAAGAGGCCGAGCGCCUGGAGGCCGCGCUGUCCGGCCACGAGGCCUUCCUCAAGCUCGACGACCUCGGGGACUCGGUGGGGGCCACGGAGAGCCUGCUGAAGCGCCACGCCGAGUUUGAGAACCGCCUGGGCGCCAUGGACCGGCCUAUCCGACAUCUCAAAAAGCACGCGGCCGAGCUGGUGAAGAGUGGCGUGGCGCCGCCCGAUGGGUACGUGACCCCUGUUGACCCCUGGCUGGAACAGAAGGUCGGCGCGGUGGUGGCGCGGAGGAACGCGGUGCAGGAUGCCAGCGACCGCCGCAGGGCGCUACUCGAGGCUGCGUACAAGUACCAGGUGUUCACGAGGAACGCCGCGGAGCUGCUGGCGUGGGUGGCGGAGAAGCGCGUCCUGGCCGACGACGAGUCGUACCGCGACCUCAGCCUGCUUUCCCGCGAGCUCAAGCGGCAGAACGCGGCCGAGGGAGAGCUGCGCACCAACCAGCAGGCACUCGCCGCCGUUCAGGAGGUGGGCCGGGAUCUGGUGAAAGGCCGCCACUUUGCGAGCCGCGAGAUCCAGGCGACGCUGGAGGAACUGCACGCGCGCUGGGCCGAGCUGGAGAAAAAGAUGACCGAGCGGGGCCGCAAGCUGCGUCAGGCCGUGGACCAGCGCCAACUCAACCAGCUGCUGCAGGAUGCACGGGAGCGGCUGGACGCGCUGGAGAACCAGCUGCGCUCCGAGGACGUGGGUACCGACCUGCGCUCCAGCAAGACGCUGCUGGCGCACCACGUGCACACGGAGGCGGCGCUCGACUCGCUGGUGGAGAGGAUCCUCGCCGUGGUGGCGCAGGGCGAGAGCCUCGCCGACGGGCACUUCGACUCGCGCGGGAUCCAGCGGGAGACGCGAGAGUUCAAAAAGCGGUGGCUGGCUGCGUUGGCGGAGCCGCGAGCGAAGCGCCGAGCGCGGCUGGAGGAGGCCGUGCGCUACUACGAGGCGAUGCGUGCCCUGGAGCAGGAAGCGGCGUGGAUCGCGGAGCGAGUGCCCAGCGCAGAGUCCCACGACACGGGCCGCACCCUCGACGCCACCCAGCUCCUGCUGGAGCAGGCGAAGGUGACGCGCGCAAGUGUGUGUAGUGUCUGUAUGUGUACGUGUGUGUGUGUGUGUGGUGUCUGUAAGCUGCAGGCCGAGUGCACGGCGCACGGUCCGCACGUGGCGCGCGUGGCCGGGCUCGGCGCCGCCAUGCAGGCCGCGGAACACCCGCUGGCGCGCGACGUCACGCGUCGCUGCGAGGAGGUGCGCGCCGCGUGGGACGCGCUGCUGCGGGCGCUCGAGAACCGGCGCCGGCUGCUGGCGCUCGCCGAGAGGGCGCACACGGCGUCGGCGAACGCGGCGGAGCUGGAGGUGUGGCUGGCCGAGCGAGCCGAGCAGGCGCGCAGCGACGAGUGCGGCCGCGAUGAAGACGCCGCGCGGAACCUCAUCGCGCGCCACAAGGACUUGGAGCAGGAGAUGGAGGUGAACGGGCGUCUGGUGGACGAGCUGGUGCGGGCGGCGCGGGAGCUCAAGGCGGAGGGCGCCCCGACGGCGCAGGAGCUGCCGGCGCGGGCCGAUGAGAUCCAGGCGAAGAUGACGGACCUACGCCAGCUCUCCGCGGAGAGGUAGCGUCCCGUGGCCCCUGUCUUGCGUCACGCGUCUCGUGCCACGGGUCCCGCGCGUCCCGUGCCACGGGUCUCAUGCCCCGUGCCGUGCGUGCCGCGUGCUAGGCUGGGCCGCUUGGAGGGCGCGCUGGCCCUGCACGCGUACCUGCGCGAGUGCGCCGACCUCGAGGAGUGGAUCUCCCAGCAGCUGGCGACGGUCGCCGCGCAGGACGACGUGGGCGACGACCACGAUCACGUGCAGCGCAUGCUGGCGCGGUUCUCUGCGUUCGAGCGCACGAUGGCGGCGCGCGCCGAGCAGUUUGUGAGAUGCUACACGCUGGCCGAGGAGCUCCUCGCCGCACGGCACCAGCGCCGGCGUGAUGUCAAGCAGCGGCAGCACGCCCUCCGGGAGCUGUGGGACCAGCUGGUCACCUUGACCCAGCUCCGAGGAACAAAGCUGUCACAGGCCGAGGAGGCGCACCGCUACGUGAUGGAGCUCUCUGAGGCACUUUUACACAUACAGGUGAGUGAUGGAGAGCGUAAGGCGGGCGUGCAGGGGGAGGUGGGCAAGGACCUGCGCUCCGUGCGGGAUCAGCUGCGCCGGCACGAGGCGCUGGAGAACGAGCUCGUGGCCGCGGAGGCGCAGGUGAGCGGCGGGGCGCAGCGUGGGGUGGCGAAAGUGCUGCAGGAGCUGGUGGACCGCGGUCAGACCGUGACGGCGCACUGCCCGCCGGCGCUGGCCGAAACCAUCGCGGAGCGGCAGCAGUCCCUGGUGGAGGCGUGGGGCGACCUCAAGGACCGGGUUGACUCGCGGCAGCAGCAGCUGCGCGAUGCGUACAGCCUCCACUCCUUCUUGGGCCUCGUGCGGGACUACUCCGGCUGGCUGGACGAGGUGGGCCGCGGGCUGGAGCUGGCGGAGGCGCCGGCGCGAGGAGUGCAGGGCGCCAGCGCCCAGCGCGCCCAGCACGCGAGCCUGCGGGCCGAGAUGGAGGCGCACGUCUCGGACUUCCACGACAUGUGCACGGCCGCCGAGCGGCUGCUCAGCCAGAAGCACCCUGCGGUCAAGGAGGUCAAGGAGAAGCUGUACACGGUGACGCAGCGCCGGCGGGAGCUGUUGUCGCGCUGGGAGGAGGCGAACGAGCGGCUGGAGCGGCGCUACUUGGAGCAGCUGUUCCUGCAUGAGGCGGAGCUCACGGAGACCUGGAUCAGCAGCCAGGAGGACUACCUGAAUUCCCGCGAGCUACCCAGCUCGCUCGCCCAGGUGGACUCUCUGAUCCGGCAGCACGGCGUGUUUGGGCAGCUGCUGGCGACGCGAGACGAGAAGAUCGAAGCGCUGCGAGAGAGCAUGCAGCGGCUGGAGGAGCAGGGCCCGGCGCGGCGUCGCCUCACCCUGCUGCAGGAGCGCCUCGCCCGCGUCCACCGUCUCUCCGGGGACAAGGGGCACGAGCUGGAGACGGCGCGCCUCCUCCUCACCUUCCACGCCGACCUGGCCGAGGCGCCGGGCCCCCGACGCUCGACGUGGCCACAGCGGGAAACCUUUUGUGUUUGCGCUCCGCAGACCGGGGCGUGGUGCGGCGAGAUGCUGCGACGGGCCCAGGCCGGGCUGCGCGGUGAGGACGGCGUGAGCGUGCGGGAGAAGAUGGCGCUGCUGCAGAAGCACCAGACGUUCCACGCCGAGGUGAUGGCGCGCGAGGGCGCCAUCCGGGACACCGUGCAGGAUAAGGAGAGUUUAAACUCGGCGCGCGCACGCACGAGCAGUCUUUGGCGAGCGUCGCGCGGUCGGGCGGUCGAGCGGUCGGCCGCGUAUGAUGAGAUCCGAGCGAGCGGCGGGUUUGCGCAGGCCGGCGAGGCGCUGGCGAGCAGAGCGCCGUCGCACGCCGCCGAGGUACAGCGGCAGGCGCGCAAGCUCAGCGAGGACUGGGAGGCGCUGCUGCGCGCGAUGGCGACGCGGGAGCGCAUGCUGGGGGAGGCGCGCGACCUGCUGGAGUUCACGACGCGCGUGGAGCGCGCCGAGGCCUGGAUCCGCGACAAGGAGGUGAUGGUGGCCGUUGGGGACGUGGGCAAGGACUACGAGCACUGCCUGCAGCUGCAGAAGAAGCUCGGCGCCGAGGGGAGUGCGUACGGGGCGGUGGACGACGCGCAGAUGAAGACGCUGAAUGCGCUGGGCGCGAAGCUGGAGGCGCAGGGUGGUCCCGACGCUCCUUUAGUGCAGCGCAGCCGGGCCCAGCUCAACAAGCGCUGGGCCGCGUUCCAGAGUGCACUGCAGGAAUACCGCUCCCGGCUCGCCACGGCACUGGGCGUGCACGCGUUCCUGCUGCAGAUGGACGAGACGAGGGCGCUCAUCGGGGAGAAGGUGGCUCCCACGCUCUCCCCCCGCUUUCCCUCAAUCCCUCGCUCUUCCCCGCUCUCCAUCACUCUCUCUCACCUCAAUAGUCCUCUCCAACAGCUGCCACGGUGGCUCCGGCUCGCCCACAGUGACGGUCGUGCGUGCGUGUGUGCACGCGCCCGUGCGCAGAGCGCGGCGAUGCACGCGGCUGGGCUCGGCGGGGACCUGGAGGAGGUGGAGGCGCUGGUGCGACGCCACGAGGAGGCGCAGCGAGACAUCCGCGUGCUGAGCGACAGCAUUCAGGAGACCGAGGCGGAGUCCCGCAGGCUGUCGCGCCAGCACCCGGCGCUGGUGGAGCAGGUGUCGCAGCGGCAACGAGCGCUGCAAGAGGCGUGGCUGCGGCUGCAGGAGGACACGGCGACCCGCGGCGCGCGCCUCGCCGACACGCUGCACCUGCAGCGUUUCCGCGCCGCCGCCAAGACGCUGCUGGCGUGGGACGCCGACACGCGCGCCACCAUGAGCGUGGCCCGCGCGCCGGCCAGCCUCCCCGAGGCCGAGAACCUCCUGCAAGCGCACCACGAGACCAAGGUGGAGAUCACGGCGCGCGGAGGCCGCUUCGAAGAGGUGCGCGAGGUGGGCAAGCGGCUCAUGGAGGCGCGGCACCCGGACGCGGCCGACAUCCGCCGCGAGCUUGCGCGGCUGGAGGACGUGCACGAGGCUUUGCUGGCCGCGUGGGACGACGCGCUGUCCUCCCUGACGCUCGCCCGCGACACGCUGCGGUUGCGUGAGCUGGUGGAGCGGGCCGACGGCUGGCUGAUGGCGCGGGAGACGCUGCUGGAGAACCGCGAUCUCGGGGACUCGCUGGCGACGGUCGAGAGCCUCAGCAAGAAGCACGAGGCGCUGGUGGAGUCGCUGGCGGACGAGCACUCUCCGCUGGGCGACGCGGACCAAACGGCGCGCCACCUGGGCGCGCACGUCCCACAGCAGCUGAGCGACGCCAUGAACGCGGUCUUUGAGAGGCGGGAUCGACUGCUGGAGGUGGCAGCUGAGCGGACCCGGAUGCUGGACGACUCCCGGCAGCUCCACGUCUUCCUCGGCGUCACGUACGAGGAGCUGUCGUGGCUGGACGAGCGCGCGGCCAUGGCGCGCGAGGACACGUGGGCGGAGCUCACCAACCUGCAGGCCAAGCUCCAGCGGCAGCAGGCGCUGGACGCCGAGGUGGAGGGGCAGAACGCGCGGCUCGACAACAUCGUGGCCGAGGGCGAGGCCAUGGUGAAGGGCGGCCACUUCGCGGCGCACAGCGACCUCGCGCCGCGCCUCCAGGAGAUUCGCGAGCUGCGGGAGGAGCUGUCGGAGCUGUGCCGCGUGAAGCGUGCGCGGCUGCAGGAGGCGUACCAGGCGCUGCAGCUGCUGCGCGACCUGGACGAGGCCGAGCGCUGGCUGGGCGAGGCGGUGGAGCGCCUCGCCUCCACGGAGCCCGCCACGGACCUGGCCAUGGCCGAGGCGGAGCUGCAGGCGCAGGGCGAGCUGGAGACGGAGGUGGCGGCGCACCGCGCGCGCGUGCAGGCGCUGGCGGGCGACGCCGUGGAGCUCCAGCGGCAGGGCAACUUCCUGGGCGACGAGCUGACGAAGCGGGCGAGCGAAUUAGACCACAGCUACGAGGAGGCGUCGGAUCCGGUGCGGGCGCACCGCAUGGCGCUGGAGGAGCGCCAGGACCUGCUGCGCUUCUACCACGACGUGGAGACCGAGUUCGACUGGGUGCGCGAGCGGCUGCCCCUCGCCUCGCUCGCCGAGGUCGGCGGCUCGCUGCCCGCCGUGCAGGCCUUCCUCACCCGGCACCAGGCGCUGGAGAGCGAGGUGGAGGCGCGGCACGUGCUGGUGCAGGGCGUUCUGAGCUCGGGGUCGGGGCUGGUUUCGCGCGAGCACCCUGAAGCGGCGCAGGUUAGCUCGUGCCUUGAGGAGCUGCGCGACGCCACGCAGCGCCUGCGCAAGGAGUGCAAGGCCCGGCGCGCUCGCCUCGAGCACGCGCUCCACGCGCAGCAGAUCGACGCGCAGCUGGGAGAGGUGGAGGCGUGGCUGGAGGAGCGCGGGGCGCUGCUGAGCGGCGCGAGCGACCCCGACGAGGACGUGGGCAGGUACGAGGAGUGGGCACAGGCCCAGCUGCGCCAGCUGGACUCGCUGGGGCCCGAGAUGGCGGCACGACAGGAGGCGACGCGGCGCCUCAAGGAGAGCGUGGCGCAGCUUGCACGCGAGUGGCCCGACGACUGCGAGCGCGUGGCGGCGCGCGUGGACGAGGUGCGCGAAGACCUGCAGGGCUUCGCCGGCGCCCUGGACGAGCGGCGCGAGCGCCUGCGCGACCGCCUCUACCUGGGCCGCACGGCGCGCGCCGCCGAGGAGGCGCAGGCGUGGAUGCGCGCUCGCCGGGCGCUGCUGCGCGCCGACGACUGCGGCACCGACCUGGAGGACCUGGAGCUGCUGGAGAAGAGGUUUGAGGAGCUGGUGGAGGAGGUGCGGGUGUCGGGCGAGGGCCGCCUGGGCUCGGUGCACGACGCGGCGCGGGCGCUGCGGGAGAGGGCGCCGCGGCAGGACGACAGCGCGCUGGCGCAGCGGCUCGUCGCCAGGGCGACGAGCCGCUGGGACAAGCUGCAGCGCGCCAUCGACGACCGAGCGCAGGAGCUGCGCGCGGCGAGGAAGGUGCACGAGUUCUCGCGCGACGCGGAGGACCUGCGCGAGUGGAUCCAGCGCAAGGACGCGGCCAUCCCGCCCAACGAGAACAUCCCCGAGCUGGCCAGCGUGCGCGCCAGCAUGCGGCGCCACGACGCCACCAAGGGCGAUCUGGAGGUGAUCGAGGAGCGCGUGUUGGCGCUGGAGGCCGAGCUGGAGCGGCUGGUGCGGGAGCACCCUUCGGAGCAGGAGAGCGCCCGCACGAGAGUGCACGCCCUGCAGGAGCUGUGGCGGGAGGUGCGAGAGCGCGCGGCCGAGAGGACUGUCUUCUUGGAGCACUCGGCGCAGCUCCACGAGCUCAUCAACGAGUACCGCGAAAUGGAGCUGUGGGCGGGCGAGGUGAACGUGUCGAUGGCCGCGGCCGAGCUGGGCAGCGGCGUCGCGGGGGCGGAGGAGGCGUUGGCGCAGCACAAGGAAGUCCUCGCCGACGUCGAGCGCCAGCUCGCCCGCUUUGCCGCUCUCAAGCGGGGCGCGCAGGAGCUCAUGCGGCCCGAGCACACGCACCACGAGGAGAUCGGCUACGAGACGGAGGACGUGGAGGUGGUGCUGUUGCGAGUCCAGGACAACUGGGACGAACGCCACGAGCUGCUCGCGCGCAACCUGCAGCUGCAGUUGCUGCGUCGCAAGCUGGAGCAGUCGGACAACUGGCUGGCCACGCGCGAGGGCCUGUUGACAGACGGCGACCUCGGGGACUCGCUGCAAGGGGUGGAGGAGCUGCUAAAGCAGCUCGAGGACCUGGAGAGCACCAUGUUGGAGCAGGAGGACCACUUCGGACAUCUGGCGCAGGAGUUGCAGUCCCAGCAGGUCGACCUGGAGACGCGGAACGAGGACGAGCGGCGCCGGAGGAAGGCGCGCGCCGAGCACAAACGCGACCCGGUGAAGGCGGCGCGCUCGCGCUCGCGCUCGCACGGCGCCUCGACGCGCCGCACGCCGUCCAACCGCCGCACGCCGCCCACGCGCUCCGGCUCGGCGGCCGACAGGGCCAAGCGGCAGACGGUGCGCCGCUCGUCGUCGUCGUCCGGCGCCGAGAACGGCGAGCGCGCCGGCUCCCUGGCGCCGACGCGCCUCGUCCUCCAGAGGCCGGCGCUCAACCUGGCCCGCCGGCCGCGCGACACCGACAGCGACGACGGUUCGAGCCGCGGCCGCCCGCCCGCCCUCGGGAAGCCUCCGACGCCGGGCGCCGCGACCGCCAAGAGGCCUUCGUUUAAAGUGGCGGCGGCCGGCAAGCCGGGCACCCCGGACGGGAAGCCCGCGAAUGAGCUCCGUCGUCGCGCCGACGCCUCGCCCGAGAGGCGCCGCGCUGAGCCCUCCCGUGGGGACUCCUCGCCCGAGAGGCCCCUCACGGAGCGCGACGGCGGAAGCUCCCGUUUGGAGACGCCCCAGAGGGAGCGGCCGGUCGCCGAAAUCUCCUCCGAGAGGCCCGCGGUGGAGCUCCAUCUGGAGCCCUUCUCCUCCUCGAGCACGUUCUCGCGUGGGUCCUCCUCCAGGCGGAGCAGCCGCUCCGGAGCCGGAGGCAUCCUCACGAUCGGCUCCAUGGAGUCGCUCAGCCCGAGCUGGGGCUCCAAGGAGGGCGCGAGCCCGGGGCCCCGGCGCCCCUCCGUGCCCCUGGUGAAUUGGGGGUCGCGAGAGAGCGUCUCGGCCAACGACUCCUCGUCCGAGGUGAUUCGCUGCGAGGGGACGGCGUGA